AUGCUAUGGAAAUGCCCUCCUCUAAGUUGUGGAUCUGUAGUCAAAAAAUACCUCAGCGAAUUGAACGAGGAAGAACAAAAAAUCCUCAUACCACUGAUGAUCAAUUUGCCUCCCACCCGACCUCGUCCAAAAUGUGAUCGCAUUUG